UCAAUAUAAAUACGAACAUCUGCCAAUUUUUUUCAGUUUGAAAUCAGUAAGCACAAGUGUCAUUACAUUGCGAAGAUGAAACACAUGGCACGCAUUUGGGUGAUUUUGGUGCUCUUCGUAAUUUCUGUGACUUGGUGUAUCCCAACACCGGAUCCAAGUCCUGCACCAAAUCCAGAUCCUGAACCGGAUCCAGAUCCUGCACCAGAACCCUACAGGGGAGGUUGGGGCCGUCGUUGGGGCGGUGGAUGGGGAGGCGGAUGGGGAGGAGGAUGGGGCGGCGGAUGGGGUGGUGGAUAUAGACCUGGCGGAGCCAUAGUGGUGAUACCAAUUAGAAGACGCUGGUAUUAAUAGAAUUAUUUUAGACUAAGGAUUAAAAUGCUAUGGAUUUGAGUUCGUCUUUGAGUUAUAAAUAAAAGAAUUUAUUUUAUUA